AUGGAAUCGAUCGACCAUUUCUCCCUGCCGCGAGAUCUUGAGCUCACCAAAAUCCAAGGUCUGCCCUCGACUGCAUAUUAUAUUCCCAACUUCGUCAGCCAGCAAGAGGAACGUGUGCUCCUCGACAAAAUCGCCACCGCUCCCAAACCACGCUGGAAACAGCUUACUCGUCGCAGGCUGCAAACUUGGCCAUCCGAUCUCAUCCGGGACAGAUUGCUCGACGCACCUCUACCUCGUUGGCUUGAGGAACCAGUCGUGUCCCGAAUCCUGUCCCUGUCUUGCAGUGCCUCCAUCCCAGAUGACGACCACACGAUUGAACAGGCCAUUACUUUGCCGCAUCACAUUUUUGCACGAAGCCCGCAUCAGAGGCCCAACCAUGUCCUUGUCAACGAGUAUUCUCCCGGAGUUGGCAUCAUGGCUCACAAGAUGGCAGCGCGUAUUGGCCUGUCCAUGGACGACGGUGCCCUUGACCCAACCCCCGUGUGGAGGAUUCUUCAGGAACCCCGUAGCCUUCUCAUCACCGCAGAUGACCUCUACACUGCCUACCUGCAUGGAAUUGCCGAUGCAGACGAGGAUGUCGACUUGUCUCCAGAUACCAUAGUAAAUUGGUCGUUGCUACGGGACCCUCUGCAGUACGCUCAAGGACGUAACCACCGACAGACCCGCACCAGCCUGACGUACAGGGAUGUCCUCAAGGUGUCCAAGAUGGGCAACAGGCUCGACACGAUGUUCAAACGCUAG